GAGAAUGCAAGAAAAUUACAUAGUUUCCUCGCAGUCGUUGGGUAAGUGAGCUGGAUCGAACCGGAAAAGAGAAAUUUAUCAUUACACCGACCUGCGUGCGCAAGCGAACCGUUGCUCGGGAAUGGCGGAAGAAUCAAAAGGACUGAGGCCAUAUGACCUACAAGUGAAUGCUGAUCCUGGAAGGAGAAGUUUGCCACAUUACGUCACAAUACAGACAUCAGACAGGGUCUCCAAUGUGAGGCAGUCAACUCCAGAUAUGUCUUUGAAAAACAGAGCCAGUCUUAAUGUGGAAAGAAAUACAAGCAACAACAAUGGAGUGUGGAGUAAAGACAUAAACUACAAGGGAAAAUAUUUUCCAGAUUUGAACAAUUUUAGAAUGUCGUUUGGAACACCAUCAUACCCGUCGCCGCUUGACAGAAUUCGAUCCAGUAAUCAAGGGAAUAAUGCAUCGUUUGAAGCGAACCAGUCUUUCCCAAAGACGUCGAAGACAAAACUUAAAGUUCCCACAAGGAAACUUCAUUUAGACAACUUUAAAGGUUCAGAAUUGAAUGAUGUAAGCUUUUCCUCGGGAUUCCCUAAGGGAGCUUACAACCAUUUGGCUGACAGGAGCUUCGAUCAAUCUCCUCUCGAUAAAAGUAUGAACCAGUCUGGACAUUCGUCAUCAAGGGAAGUAAGCCAUAUUUCGUCAAGGGAAGUAAGCCAUAUUUCAUCGAAGGAUAGUAGUAUGAAUGCUUCAUCAGGGGAGAGAAGUAUGGCUGAUAGCUGGUCUUUCUAUAAUCAUAUUGGGGGCUGCGAUGUUGGGAACACCCUACCGUCCACUGUGCGUAACCCAAACAAAGCCUUGUGUACGAUAAACGGAAAAACGUCAGAGGUAAAUGCUGUUGACAAUCAAACAAUACAGAGUCGUUUAAACGACAUACUGAAGCAUUACGACCCAAUGUUUUCUGAGAGUAUAGGUAAAGUUAAUUAA